CCGGUAUAACACGGCGGGGGCGGCGGCCGGUCGUCACAACACGCCCCCUUGCGCGGGUCGGCGGACAGGGUCCGACGGCCGCCGGCGCCGAGAGUCAGUGAGUUGACGCGAAACUCUGGCUGAGUCCGAGUCAAGCCCGGGAGACCAGGUGAGAGGCAUGGCGGCCGACCCGGCGUCCGACCCGGCGUCCGACCCCGGCCUGCUGGGGCGUCUGCUGCGCCUGCUGAACCCCUGGGCGCCCGCCGAGGCGGAGGCAGCUCAGCAGGAGGCAGCGGAGUCAGACUCUGUCCAGCGGGAGUCAGCAGAGUCCGAGUCCGUUCAUCAAGAGUCAGCAGAAUCUGAGUCCGUUCAUCAGGAGCGGCCGGAGUGCGGGCAGGACCAGAGUGCGCCAUCGGACGGCUCUGACUGCGCAGAGGAGCCUGGCUGCGCAGAGGAACCAGCCGCCGUGAGCGGGCCGUCACCAGCAGGCACGGCGCGGCGCCCUCCCGCUGAGCCCCGGGCGCAGGACGCCCCGCCGGCCCCGCUGCGGGGCAAGGGCAAGAACCGCAGGGCCCGCGGGAAGGGCGCCGGGCGCGGCGGCGACAGGGCCGCCGCGGGGGAGCGGGCCCCCUCCAAGAAGCCGCCCAUGCGGACGGCACGUGACGUCAUCAGCCGGAUACAGUGGGACCGGAAUCUGCCCGAAGAUUACUUCGAUAUCGGCUAUCUGGACAGGUUCCUGGGCGUGGUGGAGAAGCCGUUCGGCUCCUUCACGUGGGGCGACCUGCCCUGGCAAGACUACGACGUGCUCGCCAUCCCGCAGCACCGCAUCCAGUACUUCAAGUACCGCGACGUCGUCGUGUGGGACAAGGCGCGCCGCUACGACGCCGUGUUCGGCAGCAGCGGCUCGGAGGAGGAGAUCGAGGCGGCCAUGACGCGCAUCGACGCCGAGGUGGAGGCGGAGCGACAGCGCCGCGCCGAGGAGGCCGUCGUCGCCGACCCGUUCGCCGACGACGACGACGAGAGCGACGACGGCGAGGUGGCGGUGGCGUUCCAGGCGGCGGUGCCGGCCGGCGUCGCUGGUGUUCCCGAGGAGGCGCGCUCCACGCACUUCCUGGCCGUGCGCGUGACGUGCGCCGAGGUGCAGCGCGCCGUGGGUGAGGUGCAGGCGGCGGUGGUGGCGCACGAGCCCGAGCUGGCCGCCUGUGUGAUGCGCCCCACGCUUCUGCACAUUACCCUGUGCAUGGUGCGGUUGGAGGACCAGCUAGCGGUGGCCGCCGCCGGCCGCUGCCUGCGCGCCGUCAUCGACGACAUGCGCGAGACGCUGCGCGCCGACGACGGCGCACUGCGCAUGCGCGGGCUCAAGACGUUCGGCGCGCGCGUGUUGUACGCGCCGGUGGCGCCGUGCAGCGCCUUUUCGGCCGUGGCGGAGGAGCUGCGCCUGCGCCUGGCGCGUGUGCAGGGCGCACGACUCACCAACGCCUUCGACUACGUGCCUCACCUGACUGUGCUGAAGGUCUCCCGGCCGGUGGCGCGCGCGCGGCGCUCGCGCUUCAUCGACCCGGCCGGGUACGCGGCGCACGAGCACACUGACUUCGGCAUGCAGCGUUUCGACAACGUGCACCUGUGUGCCAUCGACGCCGACUGCGCGCUGGAUGGGUUUUACGUCACGGAGAGCUCGGUGACGUUCUGAGGCGGCCGCUGGCUUCCCGCUGGCGGUGGGCCGAGGCAGCUUUGGCGCCUGCGUGGCGAACUGUGGCGCGCCGAUGACGGUGCGGAGGUGUGUUCUAGUCAAUGUGGGUUUAACGCGCAGCACGCAGAUGUGAUAGAAAGCUCCGUGAUAGCCCAAGGUCUUCUGCAACAUCCGUUGCCGUACCGGACUUGCAAGAGAAAAGGCUCCCACGAGCCUGCUACGUCACGUGGUCCAGUCUGUUGGUGUAACUAGAACAGUUCGUGCAUACAAAAAUGCGUGAGGGAUUUGUCUUUGCGUUGACUUUCUGACCUUUGAACAACUCACCCUGGCGUCCGGCAAAUAACACAUAAA